AUGCCUGACCAAAAAUUCCUCUUGCGAGCUUGCAUGUCGCACCACUUCAAGCAAGGCAAAUCGGCUGCUGAGACUCAUCAUCUGAGGUAUUUGGCGAAGAAGCCUUGUCAGAAAGCCAGUGUCGACAAUCGUUCCAGCGUUUCAAAAACGGUAUUGAAAGUCCGUCAUUGA